AUGUCAACAGGCAACCUUCUGCGACGGGCUGCCUCCGAGGGCGACCCUCGAGGCACAGGCGAUCGCUUUGCAAAGGCCGUCAUUAUUGUUGCAGGCGUUGCAGCACUCGUCGCAAGUGUCAUCACAUUCAUCGCUGUCUGGCUACAGACAAAGAACUAUCGGAAACCCCUCCUCCAACGCUAUGUCGUCCGCAUCCUCCUCAUGGUCCCGAUAUACUCGGCCUGCUCGUGGGCGAGCUUGGUGUCCAUCAAGGCAUCCCGCUGGAUCGAGCCACUACGAGACGUAUACGAAGCCUUCACCAUAUACACCUUUUUCCAGUUGCUCAUAAACUUCAUCGGCGGCGAGCGUGCCCUGAUCAUCCUCAUGACUGGCCGCGCCCCCGUGUCGCAUCUUUGGCCGAUGAACCUGGUUUUGCCCAAGGUUGACAUAUCCGAUCCGCACACCUUCCUAAUGAUCAAGCGCGGCAUCUUGCAGUACACCUGGGUCAAGCCCUUACUUUCAGUCGCAGCCUUCAUUAUGAAAGCAUUCGACGUCUACAAAGAGGGGUACAUAGGAGUCAGUUCUGGCUACCUCUGGAGCGGCAUCAUCUACAACGUUAGCAUCACCAUAAGCUUGUAUGCACUCGCCAUGUUCUGGGUGUGCAUGGUAUCAGAUCUCAAGCCGUUCCGACCCAUGCCAAAGUUCUUGUGUAUCAAAGGCAUCAUUUUCGCCUCCUACUGGCAGGGUUUCUUCUUGUCCAUUCUUGUCUGGCUGGGCGCCAUCCCCGACAACGUCCCCGGAUACAGCGCCGACAAUCUUGCUGCUGCCAUACAAGAUGCGCUCAUCUGCUUCGAGAUGCCCAUUUUCUCCUUGGCACAUUGGUACGCUUUCUCAUGGCACGACUAUGCCGACGAUACCAUCUCGGCUGCACGCUUGCCUGUCAAGUAUGCCUUGCGCGAUGCCUUCGGUCCACGCGAUUUGAUUGAGGAUACAAAAGAUACUUUUGGCGGCAAGCAUUACGAGUACCGCUACUUCGACGCGAACGACAACGUGCUUGCGCACGAAGAAUCGUCCUCGCGAGCAGCACGCAUGGCGGAAGGUAUGAGAUACGAACGAGGAGGGAAAGGAAAAUACUGGAUUCCAAAACCCGGCCAAGGCGAACAUGAACCGUUGCUUUCGAAAGCAUCAUCCAGCAGGGCGAGGACGAUGAGCCCAGGAGCCUCGCGUGCUCUUGACACAUCCAAGUAUGGGACUGUGGAAGAGAAUGAAGAACCGGAGCUUGACCCUGGAGAUGAACAAUUGUUCGAAAGCGCGCGAACAUUAGAGUUCGGCGACUGGAAUUAUCCUGUCAUCGAGGCACACAGGGCAAAUCGCGAUAGUCAGUUAUAUGGUGAUCCACCAAUACUAACUGGAGCUUCGAACCGGCAUUUGUUACAGCCGACCGCCGUAAACAAGAAAAGGCGAAAGAGUCAGAUCAAAGACAUUCAGCAGGCGGUAGACAAGGGCAAGCAUCGGAGCGACUCAAGCAGUGGAGAGCCUUCCAGCUCCAAGUCUCAUAAAGGUGUGGUCGGAAAACUCUUCAGGCAGGAGUCAUCAUCGUCAACCAACUCGGGCAAGUCAGACAAGAGUCAGCUUGUCGAUCUUGUCGUGGAGGACACUGACGCAGAAGAUGUCGAGCGUGUUAGAGCACGCAAGGAAGGAGGCUCUGGUUGGAACGAAGUCGAACAGAAGCAUUUUGUCCACGCGUAUCCUGAAGAAGGACAAGAAGAAGGGGUGCGCGAAGGUUUCAACCCAGAUAGACCCCAGCCGCACAACCCUGAAGGCGUACACAACCUCAAUUACCCCUUCACCACCGAAGAUGGCGAGGACGAGGACAAGACCGGCAAGCUCGACCCGCCGAUAUCAGAAGAGGCUUCGCACUGGGAGGAACGCAAUUACACCAACGAAGAGGACGGCAACAAGCGGGAUAAGAGCCCUCAAUACGGCAGUUUUAGGGACGAGCGCGAUGCAUGGAGCGGUUCGUAA